AUGGUUCAUCGUAGCGACGUUACCUUACUGCGUGAUCUCACGAACAUAACCGGUGUGUCAACAAUCACCUACACACUCUGUCUCAAAUAUCAACUCGAAGAGAACGUCCGAGUGACUAAGAUGUUAGUCAAGCUUUCUGUGGGUUAUUCGAUGUGGGGAUUUCUUGGUACUUGCUUGUUUAUCUUGGGCUUUUUACUAUUUGACGCAGCUCAUCCGCUUGGACACUUAUUUUAUGCACUCUUCAACAACUACAUUGCUCUGUAA